AUGACUUUGUGUAAUAUUCAAUGCCUAGAAAGGAUUUCAAAUUAUUUGGAUGUUUCGCCAGUGCACCUGGAAAUGAACGAAAAUGUAAUCAUUAGUACGGAACAAACAACGAAUCAAAAAAUCGAGGGCUUUAGCACCAUAAUUCAAUCGUUAAUUAAGAAUUCAAAGUGCUCUGAUAUACUUGGUAGUAAUAAAGAAACAGAAGCCUUGACACGCCAAUGGCUCGAAUAUACCGUCGUUUGUGUCAAUUAUGCUGAUAUACCUUCUAACGGGAAAAGAGUUUUGCAGGAAUUAAAUACUGCACUGAAAGACAACACAUAUUUAACUGGCACAAAGAAAACCAUUGCUGACAUCACACUGUAUUAUGCUCUUCACUCAAUAAUGCGACAAUUAACUUACCAAGAAAAAGCUCAAUAUGUACAUGUAUCAAGAUGGUUUGAUAAUAUGCAACAAGAAAAGAAAUUAAGGCAACAAUUAGAUUUGGUUUCCUUUGAUCUGAUGCAUUUAUUUUUAUGA